UGUAUGCCCUUGGACAGAAGGUUUGGAAAAGAUGGAAAAAACGUUACUUUGUUCUAGUUCAGGUUAGCCAAUAUACCUUUGCUAUGUGCAGUUAUAGAGAAAAAAAGUCUGAACCACAAGAAUUAAUGCAGCUUGAAGGCUAUACUGUGGAUUAUACUGAUCCCCACCCAGGCCUUCAGGGUGGUCGUAUGUUCUUUAAUGCUGUGAAAGAAGGAGAUACUGUAAUAUUUGCCAGUGAUGAUGAACAGGACAGAAUAUUAUGGGUUCAAGCCAUGUAUAGGGCCACAGGUCAAUCAUAUAAACCAGUUCCUGUAAUUCAGACCCAGAAACUGAAUCCUAAAGGAGGAACUCUCCAUGCAGAUGCUCAGCUUUCUGGUAAAGAUGGAGAUCGUUUUCAGAAACAUGGCAUGGAUGAGUUUAUUUCUGCAAACCCCUGCAAGCUUGAUCACGCCUUCCUUUUUAGAAUACUCCAGAGGCAGACUUUGGAUCACAGACUGAAUGAUUCCUAUUCUUGUUUGGGUUGGUUUAGCCCCGGCCAAGUCUUUGUGUUAGAUGAGUACUGUGCCCGUUAUGGCGUAAGAGGCUGUCACAGACAUCUCUGCUACCUUACAGAACUGAUGGAACAUUCAGAAAAUGGUGCUGUCAUUGACCCUACCCUGCUCCAUUACAGCUUUGCAUUCUGUGCCUCUCAUGUGCACGGCAACAGGCCUGAUGGAAUUGGGACUGUUUCAGUGGAAGAAAAAGAAAGAUUUGAGGAGAUAAAAGAGAGACUUUCUUCCCUUUUAGAAAAUCAGAUAAGCCAUUUCAGAUACUGUUUUCCCUUUGGACGACCUGAAGGUGCUCUAAAAGCUACACUUUCAUUACUUGAAAGGGUUUUAAUGAAAGAUAUUGCCACUCCCAUACCAGCAGAAGAGGUGAAGAAAGUGGUCAGAAAAUGUCUCGAGAAAGCUGCCUUGAUCAAUUACACUAGACUCACAGAAUAUGCCAAAAUAGAAGGCCCAGCAGAAAAGGAAACAGAGACCAUGAGCCAGGCAUCUCCUGCUAGAAAGCUGGAAGAGAUUCUUCAUCUAGCAGAGCUCUGCAUAGAAGUCUUGCAGCAGAAUGAAGAGCAUCAUGCAGAGGGAAGAGAGGCGUUUGCCUGGUGGCCUGAUUUGUUGGCUGAACAUGCAGAGAAAUUUUGGGCUUUAUUUACCGUGGAUAUGGACACUGCACUAGAGGCUCAACCACAAGACUCCUGGGAUAGUUUUCCUCUUUUCCAACUGCUUAAUAAUUUCCUUCGAAAUGACACACUUUUGUGUAAUGGAAAAUUUCACAAACACUUGCAAGAAAUCUUUGUACCCUUGGUUGUCCGCUACGUGGAUCUCAUGGAGUCUUCCAUCGCCCAGUCAAUUCACAGAGGUUUUGAGCAGGAGACGUGGCAGCCUGUCAAGAAUAUCGCCAACAGUCUUCCCAAUGUAGCUCUUCCAAAAGUUCCAAGUCUGCCUCUUAAUCUUCCACAGAUUCCUAACAUUUCUACUCCUUCGUGGAUGCCUUCUUUAUAUGAGUCCACCAAUGGCUCAGCAACAUCAGAAGACCUUUUUUGGAAACUUGAUGCACUGCAGAUGUUUGUCUUUGAUCUACACUGGCCAGAACAGGAAUUUGCCCACCACUUAGAGCAAAGACUUAAACUAAUGGCCAGUGACAUGCUAGAGGCCUGUGUCAAAAGAACAAGAACCGCAUUUGAACUCAAGCUGCAAAAGGCAAGCAAAACAACUGACUUGCGCAUUCCAGCUUCCGUUUGCACAAUGUUUAAUGUAUUAGUCGAUGCCAAAAAGCAAAGCACCAAGCUCUGUGCCCUGGAUGGAGGACAAGAGCAACAAUACCAUUCAAAAAUAGAUGAUCUGAUCGACAACAGCGUAAAAGAAAUCAUUUCACUGUUAGUUUCAAAGUUUGUUUCAGUGUUGGAAGGCGUGUUGUCUAAGCUGUCAAGGUAUGAUGAAGGCACUUUCUUUUCAUCCAUUCUGUCAUUCACUGUGAAAGCAGCUGCAAAAUAUGUUGAUGUUCCAAAACCAGGAAUGGAUCUGGCAGACACCUAUAUUAUGUUUGUUCGGCAAAACCAAGAUAUUCUUCGAGAAAAGGUCAAUGAGGAAAUGUAUAUAGAAAAGUUAUUUGAUCAAUGGUACAGCAGCUCCAUAAAAGUCAUUUGCCUGUGGUUGACUGAUAGACUAGACCUCCAGCUCCAUAUUUACCAGCUGAAGACGCUCAUCAAGAUUGUGAAGAAAACCUACAGGGACUUCCGAUUGCAGGGUGUGUUGGAAGGAACACUGAACAGUAAGACUUAUGAUACUGUGCACAGACGCUUAACAGUAGAGGAGGCCACAGCCUCUGUUUCAGAAGGAGGGGGACUUCAGGGCAUUACUAUGAAAGACAGUGAUGAAGAAGAAGAAGGCUGAUAACACACAGCUUUGCAGAAGGAAGAAAGACCUUGGUUGACAUUAUUUUUUAUUUUUAUUUUUUAACCUUGUCCUUGUAAUUACAUUCGUUGCUUGUUUAGGCCAAAUAAAAAUGCUUGUAUUUCUUUAAAAAGUAAAACUGAAUGUAGAGUACAAGGGGAAAUGCCAAGAUUUUUGUUUUGUUUUGUUUGGAGAAGAGCAUCCUCUUUUGCGUAGCUUGACCUAAAAAUGAACCUUGGCUCUGCUUAUGAUUGGAAUAUGAACUUUUUUUAAAAAGAAGAUUUGAGUAUUUUUCUGUAAUCACAUCAAAAUGAUGUUUUCUGUGUAAAAUGAGAUACACAUUUCUCAUAAUGCAGCAUUGUGAGAAGUCACUUCCAAUCAGUGCACCAACUCUAUCAUAUCUUAUUAAAAUGUUGUGUACCUUACAGAGUAUAAUUUAUGUGCCAGGUUUGUUUUGUACUUAACUUGCCAUUGUUGUGAUGUAUAUAAAAUGUUUAAUCUUGGUUCUUAGUACUUUGAAUUGGCCUACAAGUAUAUUCCUGGGCUGAAAGGAUUGCCAAACCCAAAUAUAGACUAGAUUAUCCAA